AGUACUCGGGGUAGUGAAAAGUAGGAGUUGGAACAUGGAUAGCCGCUUGCAGGAGAUCCGGGAGCGGCAGAAGUUACGGCGACAGCUCCUCGCGCAGCAGCUGGGAGCUGAAAGUGCCGACAGCAUUGGUGCCGUGUUAAAUAGCAAAGAUGAGCAGAGAGAAAUUGCUGAAACAAGAGAGACUUGCAGGGCUUCCUAUGAUACCUCUGCUCCAAAUACGAAACGUAAGUAUCUGGAUGAAGGAGAGACAGAUGAAGACAAAAUGGAAGAAUAUAAGGAUGAACUAGAAAUGCAACAGGAAGAAGAAAAUUUGCCAUAUGAAGAAGAGAUUUACAAAGAUUCUAGUACUUUUCUUAAGGGAACACAGAGCUUAAAUCCCCAUAAUGAUUACUGCCAACAUUUUGUAGACACUGGACAUAGACCUCAGAAUUUCAUCAGGGAUGUAGGUUUAGCUGACAGAUUUGAAGAAUAUCCUAAACUGAGGGAGCUCAUCAGGCUAAAGGAUGAGUUAAUAGCUAAAUCUAACACUCCUCCUAUGUACUUACAAGCUGAUAUAGAAGCCUUUGACAUCAGAGAACUAACACCCAAAUUUGAUGUGAUUCUUCUGGAACCCCCUUUAGAAGAAUAUUACAGAGAAACUGGUAUCACUGCUAAUGAAAAGUGCUGGACUUGGGAUGAUAUUAUGAAGUUAGAAAUUGAUGAGAUUGCAGCACCUCGAUCAUUUAUUUUUCUCUGGUGUGGUUCUGGGGAGGGCCUGGACCUUGGAAGAGUGUGUUUACGAAAAUGGGGCUACAGAAGAUGUGAAGAUAUUUGUUGGAUUAAAACCAAUAAAAACAAUCCUGGGAAGACUAAGACUUUAGAUCCAAAGGCUGUCUUUCAGAGAACAAAGGAACACUGCCUCAUGGGGAUCAAAGGAACUGUGAAGCGUAGCACAGAUGGGGACUUCAUUCAUGCUAAUGUUGACAUUGACUUAAUUAUCACAGAAGAACCUGAAAUUGGCAAUAUAGAAAAACCUGUAGAAAUUUUUCAUAUAAUUGAGCAUUUUUGUCUUGGUAGAAGACGCCUUCAUCUAUUUGGAAGAGAUAGUACAAUUCGACCAGGCUGGCUCACAGUUGGACCAACACUUACAAAUAGCAACUACAAUGCGGAAACAUAUGCAUCCUAUUUCAGUGCUCCUAAUUCCUACUUGACUGGUUGUACAGAAGAAAUUGAGAGACUUCGACCAAAAUCACCUCCUCCCAAAUCUAAAUCUGACCGAGGAGGUGGAGCUCCCAGAGGUGGAGGAAGAGGUGGAACUUCUGCUGGCCGUGGACGAGAAAGAAAUCGAUCUAACUUCCGAGGAGAAAGAGGUGGCUUUAGAGGGGGCCGUGGAGGAGCACACAGAGGUGGCUUUCCACCCCGAUAAUUGUUGAAGACAUUGAACCUAUUCAUCCUCCUCUAACCUUCUUUACUGUAAUUAAAUUUCAAGUGGGAGACUUAACUUUAGAACUCACCUCCAGCUUGCACUUUGCUUUAAUUUCUCUGAGCUCCAGGAAUGUCUUAGCCAGCCUCGCUUGCGGUUGUCACACACACUGUCUCAUUUUUUUUCAGGAUGAAUGAAUAAUCCUGCCUUUUGUUAUGUGCAUGAACAGAAUGGAACAAUUCAAGUAGCUUCAUCUUCAGAGACUGAAUUUAUUCUGAUAGACUUCAAUUAAUUACAAAGGAUUUUGCUAAUUUUGGGGAAUAAAUAAUGGAAAAAGAUCCAGUCUGUGGUAUCAUGCUAGUGCUGACAGGAGUUG